AUGCUGUUUCUACUACUUCUGUUACUAGCUGCUCUAGUCCCAGGCAGUGACAGUGAAAUUGGGUUUGAAGAGCCUGUCUACUACCAUAUCAUCCAUACUUCAUCCUUUUGCAACAAUUCCUGGGUACAUCUGGGCUCAGGCUGGUUGGGGGAGCUGCAGAUUCACAGCUGGAACAUAAGCUCUGGUACCUUCGUUUACCUGUAUCCCUGGUCCAGGGGCCACUUCAGUGACAAGGAGUUGAUAGACCUGGAAAAAUUUUUCUGGGUACACAUCAUUGGGAAAAAAAGGCAACUGGAAAUUAUUACCAGACGUUUGAAGGAGCUUGUCUCCUACCAUCUCAUGCAGACGUCAUCCUUUCACAACCAUUCCUGGGUACAUCAGGGCUCAGGCUGGUUGGGUGAGCUGCAGACUCACAGAUGGAACAGCAGCUCUAAUACCAUCGUUUACCUGUAUCCCUGGUCCAGGGGCAACUUCAGUAAUAAUGAGUUGAUGGAUCUGGAAAAGUUUUUCCAUGUAUACUUCAGUGACCAUCAGGAAUUUUACAUUUUUCAAUUAAUGUUUAAAGAUCCCUUUGAUCUACAGGUGACAGCAGUCUGUGAACUGCACUCUGGGAAGUCCUGGGUAGGCUUUGUGUGGAUAGCUAUCCAAGGAUAUGAUUUCCUGAGCUUCCAGAAUGAAACAUGGUCACCAUCUCCAAAGGGUGGAAGAAAGGCCCAGAAAGCCUGCGAAAUACUCAAUAUGAACCAAGCCUACACUCAUAGGGUACAUACACUCCUCAGUGACACCUUCCCACGUUUCACCUUGGGUCUUCUUGAUGCAGGAAAGGCUCAUCUCCAGCAACAAGUGAAGCCUGAGGCCUGGCUGUCCAGUGGCCUCAGUCCUGGGCCUGGCCAUCUGCUGCUGGUGUGCCACGUGUCUGGCUUCUACCCAAAGCCUGUGUGGGUGAUGUGGAUGCGAGGGGAACAGGAGCAGCUGGGCACUCAGAGAGGUGACAUCCUGCCCAAUGCUGAUGGGACAUGGAAUCUCCAAGCAACCCUGGACGUGGCAGCUGGGGAGGCGGCUGGCCUGGCCUGCAGGGUGAAGCACAGCAGCCUAGGAGGGCAGGACCUCGUCCUCUACUGGGCACCUCCUAGUGCCCUGGGCUGGAUCCUCUUGGCAGUGAUAGUGGCCCUGGCUCUUCUGGCAGGUCUUGGAUUUUGGUUUAUGAAACGCUGGACACAGUGUGAAGCUCCCUGCAGUGCUCUCUCUUUGAAAUGAGGACCCAGCUACCCAGGUGCCCAGUGUACCCAUGAACACUGCAUGAUGAUAUUAUCACUUCAACUCUCCUUGUUAAAACUUUGCCAUUCAUUUCUGCUCCAUGAUCAUAUACCAAUAUAUGCUCAAUGUAAUCUUGUAGGAUUUGUUGUUCUAACCUGGCUUCUGUGGGUUCAACUCUGAAUGGAACAGGAUGUUUUCAGUGUCAGCCUGGUUAGAUGUAAUGUAUCAUCAGAUGCAUUUCAGGUGUCACAUCCUCCAGGGGUCCUUCCUUGAUCCACAGUGGGAAGCCAUCUCUCCUCCAUCUGUGCAUCCCCAGACUUCAAUUGUACCUCUCACUGCCUGGCAUCUCUGGCAAUUGUGUAGGUUCAUUUCUUCUUUUAAAUUUUUAAAAGUUUGAGAGCCAAGCACAUGCUUUUUAAGUCUCUGUAUCCCCAGUAAAGUGUCUAGCCUAUAUGUAGUAUGUUCUCAAUAAAAACUUGU